AUGUCUGCUAUCUUGGAGAAGCACAGAGAAACUGAGCGCCUACACCAAUUUUUAAUGGGUUUGAAUUCAUAUUUGUACGGCUCCGUUCGCUCCAACUUACUUUCGACAGAUCCUCUUCCAACCUUGGAACGAGCUUACUCCCGGGUUGUUGAGGAAGAGCGACUUCGUUCCUCUGCCCAACGUGAGCCGCCUCCUCAUCCACCGAUGAGUUUUGCUGCUGUACAAGGUUCCGUUCCUACUGGCGAGAUUGCUGCCAUGGCAGCCGCGACCUCCUCCAAGCCACGCAGCCGAAGCUCCCGUAGGCACUUAUUCUGCACUCAUUGUAGUACUCCUGGACAUGAGAUCACUAAUUGUUAUCAACUGAUCGGUUACCCCGAAAAUUGGUCGAACUCACGUAUUUCUGGUGGGAAGGGACGUGGGCGUGGAGGAACUGGUCGUGGUUUAUGA